ACAGAGAGAGAGAGAGAGAAAGAAAGCGGGGGACGCAAAGCAGACAUCCCCAUGCGAAUCCCUCCCAUCUGAGCCACCACCUUCAUCGACUCCCUCUCUCUCUCUCUCUCUCUGUUUCCAUCAUCAUCCAUGUGACUUCGUCCUUUUUUUUCCCCUCUCUCUUUCUACCAAUCUUUCUCUAAGAAAGCCAAUCUUUCUCUGAGAGCUGAGAUGGUUGGGGGAGAUGAGAUGGCCCCUGUCAAGCUGCUCGUCGGCGUGCUCUGCCUCGUCUUCUUGCUGUUCUCGGCUGCUGUUCCGGUGCUCGGGGUGAAUGAGGAGGAGCAAGAGGCGAUGGAGGGGAGCAGUGUGAGCUUGGCGGUGGACCCGAGCUUCCAGUUCCAGAACUCGAGGCUGAGAGACGCCUACAUUGCGCUGCAGACAUGGAAGCGCACCGCCAUCUUCUCCGACCCGCAGAACCUGACGGGCAACUGGGUCGGCCCCGAGGUGUGUUCCUACUUCGGCGUCUACUGUGCCGCUUCUCCGGACGACCCCUACCUCACCGUCGUUGCUGGCAUCGACCUGAACCAUGCCGACCUCGCCGGGUACCUCCCGCGGGAGCUCGGCCUCCUCACCGACCUCGCCCUCUUCCACCUCAACUCCAACCGCUUCUGCGGCACUGUGCCCCCCACCUUCCGCCGCCUCCGCCUGCUCUACGAGUUGGACCUCAGCAACAACCGCUUCGUCGGCAAGUUCCCGGAGGUGGUGCUCCACCUGCCGGCCCUCCGCUACCUCGACCUCCGCUUCAACGACUUCGAGGGGCCCAUCCCGCCGGCGCUCUUCGAGCGGCCCCUCGAUGCCAUCUUCCUCAACUCCAACCGCCUCCGCGCCGGCAUCCCCGCCACCCUCGGCCACUCUCCGGUGUCCGUCCUCGUGCUCGCCAACAACGACCUCGGCGGGUGCAUCCCCUCCUCCAUUGGUGGCAUGGCCAACACGCUCAACGAGAUCAUCCUCCUCAACGACAACCUCACCGGCUGCAUCCCGACCGAGGUCGGGCUGCUCCGCCGCGUCACCGUUUUCGACGUCAGCUUCAACCGCCUUCAGGGCCCGCUGCCGGAGUCCAUCGCCGGCAUGGUGAGCGUCGAGCAGCUCGACGUUGCGCACAACCGCCUUACGGGGCGCAUCCCCCCGGGCGUAUGCGACCUCCCCAGGCUCCAGAACUUCACCUACUCAUACAACUUCUUCACCGGCCAGCCGCCGUCCUGCGGCCGCGGCGGAAGGUCGGCGGUGUUCGACGGCAAGGCGAACUGUAUCCCCGGCCAGCCGGACCAGCGGUCCCCCAAGCAGUGCUCCUCCGCGGUGGCCCAACCCUUCGAUUGCCGCAAGUCCAAGUGCUGGAGUGGCGGCGUGCCAUCCCCUUACCUCAAGCCACCGUCCCCGCGGCCGACUGCUCCUAGGAGAUGGCCUGUAUACAGUCCGCCGUCUCCGGUGGGGAACAAGCCCGGAAGGCACUACAAGCCAGCACCUCGUACGCCGCCGCCGCCGCCGCAGUACGAAUCAUCGCCUUCGACGAGAUCUCACCCACCGCCGCCGUCAUACUCGCCGAAGCAAUCGCCGCCGCCGUCCUCUUCGGGCUACCAUGCUUCCUCACCGCCACCUGCCCCUCCUGCGCACGACUAUGAACCAGCAAAACCUCCCCACAGCCCAUUGCCACCCACAUUGGUCUCACCUCCUCCAACGCAUCACUAUCAAACGCCUACUCCUCCUGCUCCUGUUCAGCCUCCGACAUAUACCAACCCUCCGUAUCAUACUUCACCACCAUCGCCGUUGUCACCUACAGAGUCGCCUCCGCCGCCGCCCCUCAAGUCACCAUCGCCACUGCCGACACCAGUGCCUGCCUCCCCGCCGCCGUCGCAAAAGCCAUGGCAAGCUCCACCACCACCGGUACACUCCUCACCGCAGCCAUCACCCAAGUAUGCUCCUCCCCCGUUCGAACAUUUGUCGUCACCACCACCUCCUCCGACCGUGAUGAAGCAAUCUCCUCCGCCGUUGCUUCCACCUCCGGCAGAGCUGCCGCCGCCACCAGCACCGCCCAAGUGCCACGGGAAGGAGCAUCCACCGCCGAUACUGCCGCCCGUUGUAGGCGUGUCCUAUGCUUCGCCACCACCGCCGGCGAUACCGUACUACUGAUCACGCGCGGCAAACUUGCUCUCUACCACUCCCCCUAUCUCUUCCUUUAUAUUUCUUCUUGUUAAUUGAUCAUUACAACUAAAUAUUCUUUUUGUUGUCGCUCUUGUUGGUCGCCCUUCGCUUAUGCAAUGCAUCACGGCAAGUAUUACUGCU